AUGAACAUUUCAAAGGAACAUGGCAACCAUCAUCACCACACCACCUUGGAUGAAGAUGAUGAACACGAAGAUGGAGAAGAUGGCCACCACCAUGAGCACACUGCACUUUACCACCAUGCUGUUGUUCUGACAGCCUCAGAUAACUGUUCCAGCAUUGGUAAGGAGCUUCUCCAGGAGGGUGGAAAUGUGGUGGAUGCAGCUAUUGCUUCUCUGCUCUGCUUGGGAGUCGUCCACCCACACACAGCUGGAGUAGGUGGUAUAUUCUCAGCCAUCCUGUACAACAACACAUCAGGCUCACUCAAGACAAUACGUUCCAUUGCACCCCAAAUGUCAUCAACUACCUUUGGAGUCCCAUCUAUUCUGCAAGGUAUCCAAGAACUCCACUCCAAGUGUGGAAGAUCUGAAUGGAGACGGCUUUUCAAAGAAGCCAUAACGUUAGCGCAGGAAGGGUUCCUCAUAGAUGAAGUCCUUGGCAGGGCAUUGGAAAGCUAUAAGGAGGAAAUACGCAUUUCCAAGCUGUGUGAUCUGUUCUGUGAUGCGAGUGGCCGCAUGAAAUCUGUGGGAGCGAUCGUCAAAAAUCAGAACCUGUCAGAGCUUUUGCAGAGCGCCAGCCUGAAUGAGAACAAUUUCCUAGAAAUGCUGGCUGUGAAAUUGUCCGAAGACCUCUCCGUGAACGAGAGGCCAGACUUCUCAGCUGCCAUUCAGCACAGCCAUGGAGAAAUCAAUGACUCUCUUAUCAUCGAGGGAGAGAAAUAUUCUGUCCUUUCAGCCAGUUUGCCUUUCUCAGGCAAGAUGCUAUCUGAUAUAUUAGAGCAAGUCAGGCAGCAAAGCCUCUCUUUUCGGAACGGUGCAGAUUUUAACAGGACCUCUGCCUCCUACAGUGCUCUCUUAAACUCGAUUCAAGAACGCAACAAUUCAGCCUUGGCUGAGAAGUACCCAGGUCUUGUAGACACAUUUUCUCUUAAUACUCAAAACAGUCACGUUGCUGUGCUGGAUAAAUGUGGUAAUUUUGUCAUUAUGUCAGCUUCACUCAACAGCACGUGGGGAUCCGGGCGUUUUUUGCCGUCCAGUGGUAUUCUCCUUAACAGCUUUAGUUCAAACAUCUCAAACUUGCCUUACUUCAACAUGCCAUUGGUUCUACGACUCAUUGAGGACGAUGCAUCUCAUACUGAUGAUACAGAAGACAAUGAAGAAGAAAAUGAAGUAGAAGUUGUUGCUAUUACUGGAGGGCUUUCAGCUUUAUUUAAUGCUGCCUUUUUUUUGCACAACAGGAUUGACUUAGGAAUGUCUUCUAAAGAAGCUAUCAGUGGCCCUCUCCUCCAUCUAGAGCCGGGAAUGUCUUCGGCUUUUUGUCUGUCUGCCACUUUAAAUGACUCAGACUUUUAUAUGCUGUUCUCUGAUGUAGGAAGUGAGCUCCAGCAGGUGGACGAGUGCUCGGAUCAUUCUCUAUCCAUGCUGCUGCGGUUACAUGCAGACCACGUUAGCACAUAUGGAGCCCCGGCUGCUAAUGCUCAUAUUAAUGGCUACUGACAGUUUAUAUGUCUGCAAUCCAGCAGUGUCAUUUUUUUAUGGUGCAGAUGCAUUUUCCUUGACAAGAGAGAAAAUGACGAG